CUCACGGCUCUUUGGUUCUCCCACCUCUCAGGCGCUUCGCGCCCAGGGGUUCACUGACGUCAUCUCUCUGCGCUGCGCGGACACCCGCCGGUAGAGGAAGGAGCAGCUCCGCCGCCCUUCGCUUCUUUUGUUGGGCUGCUACUCCUCCGGAGUCAUGGCGCCGUCGCUGUGGAAGGGGCUGGUGGGCAUCGGCCUCUUUGCCCUAGCCCACGCGGCCUUUUCCGCUGCGCAGCAUCGUUCUUAUAUGCGAUUAACAGAAAAAGAAGAUGAAUCACUGCCAAUAGAUAUAGUUCUUCAGACACUUCUGGCCUUUGCAGUUACCUGUUAUGGUAUAGUUCAUAUUGCAGGGGAGUUUAAAGACAUGGAUGCCACUUCAGAACUAAAAAAUAAGACAUUUGACACAUUAAGGAAUCACCCAUCAUUUUAUGUAUUUAAUCAUCGCGGUCGAGUACUGUUCCGGCCUUCGGAUACAACAAAUUCUUCAAAUCAAGAUGCAUUGUCCUCUAACACAUCAUUGAAGUUACGAAAACUUGAAUCACUGCGUCGUUAAGAUUUUUACAAAUUAUAAUAACAGAAUAGGACAGGACACAGAGCUGGAAUAUUGGAGUUUGGGGUACAAAACACUCCCCCCCCAUCAGUAUUUAUAUUGAUCUUUCAGACCUAAUUAAAAAAGUCUAUGACCCUUGUUUAUACACUGUUAAUCAAAUCAUGAAUGCAAUAUAAGUUAUCUGUGAAAUGAGUCUUUGAUCUUUCAUAGAGAAUUCUUUUUUCAUCUAAAACAAAUUCACAUGUUUUGUAAAAGUCACUGUUUUGAACACAUUUCUUUGAAAAAUGAUGGUUUUGUAAUUAUUUAUUUUCUUAGAUUUCUUUUCUUUUGCACUACAGUUUUUAGGAUCCUUUUGGAGAUAGUGUGACUACUGCAUUUUGCAGCAUGAAUGCUAGUAAAAUGGUCUUAAGUUCUUAACAACAAAUGGACUUCUCUAAAGAGACCAAAAUGGUGACUUAUCAGUUUUUCUUAUGCCCCCUAAAAAGUGGCUCUGCUUCAGCAGAUACUUGCCAGUUUUUAAUUUAUCCAUUACUUCUCACCCUACCCCGCUCCCAUAUACCUCCUAACAUCAGUCUUGUUUCAUCACUUCUCUGGGGUUCUGUGUGCAGCAAGCAAUUUUUGUGUCAGAAAUCCUUUGUCAUAACAAAUAUAUUUAACAAACUCAGCUUGCUGUAAAGCUACUUGUGUUCUCUUCAUUUAUUGGUAAAAAAUGUCCCGAAUUGAUUAUGUAGUGUAAGAAUAGUUGAAGAUAGACCAAAAAGACCAUCCAUGAAUUAAUUAUCCUGCCUGUGUAGAAGAAUAGUAAUCACUGAGGAAAACUGAUUACUCGUCAUUAGCCAGUUUAACUUAUUCAAAAUCUCUGUUAUUUUAUUGCAUACUAAACUAGUGAAUUAGUAAAACUAAAGGAAACCUCAUUAAAGGUAGACUUCAAUGGAAUUGGGCCAAAUAUGUUCUAAAUAUUUGGAACUCAUGUCUUUAAAAAAAAUUAAGGUCAUUGAAGAAAUUGUUUCAUAGCUUCUGAUUUGUUUUCCAUCUUCAUUGUAUGUUGCUGAAGGUGAGGAUGAGGGUACAGAGAAGAAUUUUUUUAGAUACAGUAAUUUAAGUUUUAGGGGAAUUUGGCUAGCUCUUUGAUCUGCAGGAAGCUUAACAUUUCUACAUUUCUUCGUAGAAAACAUUGCUUUUGUUGAAUCAUACAGGUAUGGAAACAUUGCUUUUGUUGAAUUGUAUAGGUAUAAAGGGAAUAACUGUAUGCAGAUUUGAAAAGGAAAUGUGCUUUAGGCAAGAGUCAUGAGAUGUCCUUAUCCUUGAAGGCAUUUUUUUCCAUUAGUAAUGAACCUCAGCUCUUCUCUUCUGCCUGGUAACGCAGCCUGCAGUACAAGAUUAUUUUGUCAUUGGGUUUUUAUCCAUUGUUUAAUUUUGUUUUGCCAACCCAAUCUGUCUGUGGAACACUGACUCUGCUCUCUAAGGAGAACAAAGUUAGAAAUCUGUUGAAAACCUAAAAUAAUUUAGAAAUGAGUUUAAAAUGUGAAGUCAGGGGUUAAAGUGGUUGUAUUUAAAUCAGAACAGUGUAUGAGAAACAAGCUCCUUACGUCAGGCCUGUGUACCGUUUCCUCAGGUAUGACUUGAUUCGCAAGAGCGUCUUAUUUUCUUCUCUUUGGGGGCCUGUCUUCCUUUCCUAAUAGGUUUUAAUAAUAACUUUACUGAGGUAUAAUUCACAUACCUUACCAUUCACCCAUUUAAAGGGUACGAUUCAGUGGUGUAAUAUAUUCAUGAAGUUGUGCAACCAUGAUCACAGUGAAUUUGAGAACAUUGCCAUCAGCCCAGAAAGAAACCCUGUGCCCUUUAGUGGUUACCUGUCUUUUUCCCCCAGUGCCUCCCAGCCACUAAUCUACUUUCUGUCUCUGUACAUGUGUCUAUUCUGGUCAUUUAAUAUGAAUGGAUUCCUGCAGUAUCUGGGCUUUCAUGACUGGCUUCCCAAAUAUGGUUUUGUUCUAUGUGGAGUGAGAACUUCUCCUCUUGAGAACUGUGAUUGCUGUAAAAGGAAGUGGUUUGUAAAAAUCAGUAGAUGUAAGGAGGGAGGGUCACAUACCUAACAGGUUUCUCAGUCCGUCUUAUGCUGAAUAGUUUUUUCUCAGAACCAAGCAUUCAUGAUAUGUUACUACUUAUAAUAUUUUUGUCUGGUCUCUAGAAUGGACAUUGAUAUGGAUAGCCCAGUCAGGAAAGUCCUGCUAAAUAUGAUGCCAAAUAACGUGGCAAAUAAUUGACAUAGCAGUCUUCAGUUGUGUCUCAUUUUGCUAGGAGCUUGUACACCUCUGGUCAGGUGAGCUUCCCAAAUUUUUUCUUUAAUUUCCUCCAGUGAAUUUAUGCUGUCUUUUAAAAGUAAGUACCAUAGGAUUUGGGUGAUUUGGGUGCUUCGUAACAGCGCUAAAUGGAUUAAGUUCAGAAUUCUAUUUAUACUACUAUGAGGCAGUACUAAGGUAGCCAAAAAUGUAGUCAUGCGAGCUAGUUAAGCCUGCAGUUGACUAUGAUUUCAGUGACAUUCAGAAGUGUGUACUGUUGAAGGCUCUCUAGAAUAUAGGAAGACUUAAUGACCAGGGAACCAGCCAAAUGCUAUGGCCUAGUGGGCCAGCUGCAGAAAAUGCAGAUUUGUGAAUUAGAGACUGUGAUGCUCUGUAACUCCCUAAUGAUUGUUUUCUAAGCAUUGUGGCUUAUUUUUGAGUGGCAUGACAGCAUCCCCCUGGUUGUAUGUGGCCUGUUUCCAUGAUGUAUUGAGUAGUGUUGUUUGUUGUGAGCAUCGAUGCCUGUAACACCAAGCUAAACACAUUCUUUUGGAUAUGUUUCCUCUCUUUAAAUGACCUUGCCCUGUCCAAUAAAUAAAUGAUUGUCUCACCCUGUUUUUGGUAGUGGUUUUUUUUUUGUUUUGUUUCGUUUGUUUGUUUGUUCGUUUUGCUUUUAAUCUCAUUUUCUUCUGUUUCUCUGUCCCCAGAAAAAUGUAAGAUCUAAUUUUAAUGACUGUAUUUUUUCCAAUGUGAUGCUGUUUUACUAAAUUCAGUGGAUACUUUACUUUUCAUUGUAC